CGGUGAUCAUGGGCGCCCAGGAAGAGGACACUAAGUCCAGCACCUUGGGUGGGGUGCUACCGGUGGUGGAAGUAGCGUCCUUAAUGGAGAAAGCGAAAUUUUACACGUCCCUCUGCCUGGGCACCACAGCCAUCCUUGCUGUCUUCGCCUUCCUUUUUCUAAUACCUUUCGUUGUGGAACCGGCAAUUUCCACGAUUUUGGCCGAUUUUUCUCCUCACGCUGUCGCCUGUGUCGUCACUGAUCAUGUUUACGCCGAGGGACUAAAAAAUUGCUCUUGGGCGAGCUGUAGAGAAGGUUGUACUAGCGCCGCGCUUCGUUGUCAUCAGAUCAGGGUGAAUUAUACAAGAUUAACGUUCGAGGAAUUCGUGGCAAAACCUUUGGGUUCCAUUUCCUGGGAUGUCUCGGAUACGAAAUUCUUCGUAAACACGGAAGGCUGCGGUUAUCCACCCAGGGUGAACUGUUCCGAUUUUGCUAAGAAAUACGGAUAUUCGAACAUGGGAAAGAUAUUCCCCUGCUAUUACAGCAGAACACACCCAGAGACUGUCGUUGCAAGGUACUCUUGGGAUGAAAAUCUGAGGCAUCUGGUGCUAGCGUUGGUGGUGCCUACAGUUCUUUUUGGAGUAUCCCUCGGUGUAUUAUGUUAUUGGUACUGUCCACCGAUGGGCAAGAGCUGCGGAGGGCCAGGUCGUAACCUGAUUGACAAGUACGCGAGGAAGGAAGAGUAAGUAACGUUAUCCUGGGAGAGGACGAGUUUGAAGAGGACGAGGAAGAAUACUGACUACUACCAAGGGCUCACCCCCCUGCGCGGGAGUGACGCCGAAGGAAUUACUGAAAAUCCCCCAGCGUACUUUACGCUCUAAAUGUAAGCGAUCGUUCAAAAGCAAUAGCAACGUUAAGGAAAUUCCAGCAACAGACAUAGAAUACAAUUCAUUCUCGUAACUCGCGUCAGCUCGUCUGACCCAGUUUCGACUUUUACUACUUACGAUCGAUCUUAACUUGUUGCAAAACAUUGCACUUGCGCUUAAUCGAUUGCUUUCAUUAAAGAAAAUUGGUAACCACGCUAAAUUUGCUAUUUAAAUCUCGCCUAUGGACCAUUCUCAAUUCUUACACGGUCUAAUCAAAUUAUUUCCCUUUCUAACUUGCAAUAAAUCAAAAUUAAUGUUAUACACCCUUAUUGCGAGCAAAAUGAUUCCUUUCUAAAGACUUUCCCGUGAUAAAGUGUAGUACAAACCGAAAUUAAUCUAAGAUCGUUCUGUUCGACCAUAUUGUGGGAUCGUACAUCGAAAGUACUAUCGUAUUUUCCCCCUAUGGGGAAAGUGUCUGCCCUUUACGAAUUAAUAUCCGAGAUGUUUGCGAUAUUUUUACACCGAGUUACCGUGGAACCAAACAGAAACGAUCAAUGACACAAACGAUCGUGCUACUAUUAUUCGACGUAUAAUCGCGAUGUUUUUUCGAUAUCACACGUAAUUACUUUGCGAAAUUUUUAUAUACAAACGCAAUAAACUCCAAUGGGGGAGAAAGGAAAUUGUUCAUGAAUUUUUAGAGGUAAAGUAAGUUUGGUUAAUCGACGGGAGAACUGUCUCGAUCAUCUACCAGUAUUCCGAACGAGAUUCAGAGAUACGAUGUGACAUGGUGCGCCUUCCUACAACGUGAUAACUUUGAACGUAAGGAACAAAAUAUUCAAGUGGCACAUUUUACCGCAGCAUUCGUUCGUAAUAGGAUAAAUGAAAUGUGCUUGUGUACGUAUUUGUAAGUCAUGUUUCCCCAGACUCGGGUAAGAUGACGUUUGAAACGAUAAAUAAGAAGAUAAUGUAAAAAGGAAAAGAGAGGAAUGAAAUAUUUUUCGAAGCAGCAUAGUAUCUGUAUCGAUUUGACAUUUGAUGUUGCUUUGAAUAUUUUAAAAUCACAAUUGAACGAAAUUUGGAGAGUUUAUUAUGUGAAAUAUCAUUUUACCCAGAUCUGCCUGUAUCUGAGCCGAUGAUCGAAGAAAAUAAGGAAGUGAAGGUUUGUACGUCGCGGAAAAGGAACAGACGAUUCGUCAAACAUUUCAAUAAAAAAAGAAAAAAUCAAAAUUCUGCGCAGGCUCGUAUCACGCGAGCGUACGUUUCAGUACGAUCAUUUCAGUAUUUCUACUUGGUAUGUUUCAAACCGAUAAUUAUAUUCGGCGAUGGAAGUUAACAGUGAGAUAAAGAGGAGGGAAAAGAAUAUUUUCGACUUGAAGAUUAUAUCAAAAUAAAAACGAGAACCGUAGUGCUUUCGCGUGUGAUCGCAAGAUUAGAAUGACGAAUCUACACGGUUAUUUUUGCAAUAAGAGCGAAGGAAAAACUCGUAAUUAAAAUUCUAAUUUUCGAAGUGAAUGAAACGUAAGAAAUACAGAAGAGGCAGUAACGCGAUCGUCUCCAGGAUCUGUCUUCGCACCAAAGGAUAAAACUCGUAGUUUAAGUUUAGCCCGUAAGAUAAGUCUGUGAAUAUAAUCGAUUACCGUAACGAGAUCGAUACAAUGAUUGUUACAAAUUUUUUACGCGGACGCAAGUCGCGUCGUGGUAUAGUUAGGACAAACAAACGUAUUUGCAUAAAGCGCAGGUGCACGCAUGCACGUAUCGCGCGCAGUAGUUUAUAGCUGUAGAUAUCGGUUUUUCAGUUCAGUUUUCCAAAAGGGACAAGCGAUAUGCGUUCCAUAAGCUGCGAAACAACGUGACCUGCCGAGCCAAUAACUUAGUGAACUCAUUAGCAAUAAUUCUCAAUUUAUAUGUAAAAGAAUUUUGAAACGCUUAAUCAAUUUAUUUGCCGUACAGUGAAUUUUAUAAAAUGUGAACUUAAUCUUAGAAACCAGAUGCCUAGCGCACUUUAAUGAAAAGAAAUUGCAUAAAAGCUGUAAGCAAAAUUACUAUACAAAAUGAGUACAAAAUAAUUUUUUUACGGAAAGAUGUAUAGUCAGCAUUAAAAAAUAAUUUAACAUAGACAUCACUACAAAUUCAACAUUUCUAAGAUCUUAUUCAUAUUUUAUGAGAAAACUUGUACAAAAUAGCUCUGCAAAUAAUUCAUCUUAGAUAUUUACCAAAAUUUGAUAUUAUUAGGCUAAUGACCACUGUCGAUAUAUUCAGUGGAAUUAUUUAUAUAUUAUUUGUACAGUACUUACUAAUUAUAUAUCAAUUAUAUAUUAAUUAUAUAAAAUUAUAUAUAACGAUAUCUUACGUUAAAUCGUUAGCUUUAUAUGGGUGGAAUAGCAACGAGGUACGCAGUUGUUUCGAAGCGUACGGAAACUACAUCGCGAACCUGUACAUCUAGAAUGGUUGUGAAUCCUUACUUGGCCUUACUCUAGGCAUCCAGCAAGUUGGCACGAUUCGCCUCGAAUGAGAUGCGAAUUCCAACGGAGCCUGCGUUUCGGCACUCAUUCCCCACUCGAAGCUUGCUAAUCGAUUUCCGUUCUGUGCGUGCCAGCGAUUGAUCGAUAGAUCGCAAGCGCGCCUUCUAAAAUUAAACGGACGAAAUCUUCUCUCUUGCACUUUUUUGUGGUCACGUGAAACUUUUGCUCAAAGACGCUCAACUCACGGGACGAUGAGGUCGAUUAAAGAUAGUAUUAAUCGGUGCAAAAAAGAAAGAAAAUUUGAAAAAUAUGGACAUUUUUGAAUGAAAUUUGAGACACUAAUUAGUAGACUGCGGAUGUUUAUACAUAUUUUAGAAAUUGAAAUGUGCGACGAUAUGAAAAUUGUGAACAGAUAUAUGUUUAGAUUGCGCUUCUUCAUCAAAACGAUGUUUUUGGUUCUAUUUCUUCAGUAAUCAGUUUUUUAAUUAGAUUCUACGUUUCAAUUCUGUCUCUUUAUUAAAAACUUCUGUUUAAGUUCUAUCCAUCUUAUGAAAGGAUUUGCAUAAACAUCCGCAUAGAAAACUAACGCGAUAUGAGUUAAAAUUUUGCAAUGAUAGAACAUCGAAAAUUCUGUAAGUCGAACUAUUGAAUGAUUGUCGUCUCUCUUAGAUGGACACAUGAGAAAAGAUUAUUUAACUUUGAUCGAAGUAAAUGUUUCCUAACCACGAGAAAUUUCGAUCAUCGAAUCAUGAUUACAAAUACAUUUAUAAUGCAUUGUGCUUGAUCAACAUACACGCGAGUAUCAAGUAUCGUUUCGAAAAAUUCAAGCACAAAUUCGUGGACUUCUUCGUCCAUGGGAAAAAGUGCUCAUUCAACUUCGAGCACUUCCAUAUCUCUCAUAUCAGAUCGGUUUAGUGCCAAUUCGUUAGUCGAUUAGAAUCUCGCGAAAGACCAUCGAGUUAAACGUAUUUAGAAUCAUCGGUCGCGGGAGAAGACGUCGAUACAAUUAGAUAGAUUAUACGAAAUUCUUAGGAGAUCGAGAUAUUUACGAAAAAGUGAUAAUCGAAAACAAGAUAGUGUCAUUGGUAAACAGCUAGAAUAAAUAUUAACCAGUGGUUGAAAUUAAUCAAUGAAAUGAAAAGAGAUGAAACGAAAAUUCCAUAGACGGUUACAGAUUAGAAAGCAGCGAUUAAUUGUAAAGUAUCUAUUUCUAUCGAUACUUAUGUAUAAUACGCUCUAUCGCAUGUUACUUGAUUCUAACGUACCUGCACUUAAUAUAGUUAAGCUGUUACAUCGAUUUUCUUCCUAUAUUCUAUUUCACUCUGUCUCUUCGUUUCUUUCCCUCCCUUUCUCGAUAAAAAUUUCUUCUAGCCUGUAGAAAUACCUCGAUCAGUAUUCCUUCGCCUCCUCUCUUUCCUAUUCUUCUCCUAACCUAUUAAUAUCCUUCUUUCCAAUUGAUGAUAUAAAAAAUACAAAAACAGGGAGAAUGCUCUACGAACUUCCUGGUUCUAUACUCGAGAAUUUUAGACCUCAUCGAAGAAAACAUUAUUGUUCACCGCUUCGUGCGUAUCAUUAUAAAGUCCUAAAUACAUUGUACAUAAUAUAUUAUAUAUAACAUACUCGUUUUCUGCGAUACUAACGGACUAUUGUAAAUAAAAGAUUGUACGAUUUCGUUUGAAAUAUACAGAAACACGUUUUCUGUUAAA